AAAUGAUUAAGUUUGCUUCAAGAUCUAUUAAUAUUUUUAUGCAGCAAUCAAAAGUUCCAUUUGCACAUUACAAAGUACCAGAGGCCAAAGAGGAUUCCUAUGUUACUGGAUUGAAACUAGCCAACUCAUUGAAAGGCUCUGAGUUAGUGCCAUUUAUCCCAAUAAAUGGUAGACAAGUGAAGUAUUUUUCAAAAAUAACCUAAAGCUUCUAUUAUUGUGGUCCCACUGUAUAUAGUAAUUCUCAUUUGGGUCACGCAAGGUAUGAUUAGUUAUCUCAUCCCUUACUAGAACCUACCUGGGAAUUGAUGUUAUAAGAAGGACCUUGAGAGACUAUUUUCACUACGAUCUGCUGAGUGUUAUGAACAUAACAGACAUAGAUGAUAAGAUUAUCACAGGAGCUAAUGCGGCGAAGCAAGAAUUCCUUGAAUUUACAAAAGUAUGGGAGAAGGAUUUCUUUGAUGCCAUGGAAGCUCUAAAUAUUGAACUUCCUGAUGUAAUCACUAGAGUCAGUGAUUAUGUUCCUGAGAUUGUUACCUUCAUUUAAAAAAUCAUUUCAAAUGGGUAUGCUUAUGAAAGCAACGGCAGUGUGUAUUUUGAAGUUUAAAAAUACAUAUCCGAUGGAGUAUAAAAUUAUAAUUUGAUUUUUCCAUUAGCACACCUACCCAAAGAUGAGACCAGAAGUGAAUGCUGAAUUGCUUUAGGAGGGUGAGGGUGAGUCCUAAGUAAACAAGUAAUCGGAAAAGAAAAGUCCAUAUGACUUCGCAUUAUGGAAAGCAAGUAAACCUGAUGAACCAAAAUGGUAGAGUCCUUGGGGAGAAGGCAGACCUGGAUGGCAUAUUGAAUGUUCUGUCAUGGCUAGUGCAAUAUUAGGAAACCCAAUUGAUCUACAUGCUGGAGGUAUUGAUUUGUUGUUUCCACAUCAUGAUAAUUCUCUGGCAUAAGCUGAAGCAUGUUUUAAUUGUGAACAAUGGAUCAAUUAUUUUAUACAUCUUGGUCAUUUAAAUAUUGCUGACAGAAAGAUGUCAAAAUCCCUCAAAAACUUUAUGACCAUCGAGGAAGUUCUCAAGAGAUAUACUCCAAGAUAAGUGCGUUUGAACUUCGCAAUUCAUCAAUAUGAUGCUCCUUAAAAUUAUUCUGAGGAGCAAAUGGAGCAGGCUAUUGCAAAGGACAAAUCAUAUUAAGAAUUCUUCUAAAAUACAAAGAUCUAUCUCAGAUAAUCUCAGGUAACUGAUGCCUAAAAGUGGACAGAAAAUGACUUCCAGUUGAGUGCUUUGUUGAGAUCGACUAAACAAAUCAUUCAUCAAGCCUUAACAAACAACUUUGAUUUUCCAACAGUUGUAGAUGCCACAAACAAAUUAAUAAAUUAGGUUAAUAUCUAGAUUGCAGCUAAAAAUGUCAGAGCUCCUCUUAUUAGUAGUGUGGUUAAUUAUGUCAACUUUAUUUUUGGAGUAAAUAUAGUUAUUUUACAUUGUAGCUUUUGGGAAUUAAUUACCAAACAUUAUUUUCAAAUCAAAUUGAUAUUCAGCCAUUGAUGGAAUAGGUUUGCUCUAUAAGAGAUAAAGUCAAGGUGGCAGCUAGAAACAAUGAUUUUGAAGCUGUUACAAAUGCUGUGUCUUAAAAGUAAUUAGAAUAUGAGAAGAACAUUUCAAAUCACUUGGUAGAUGCUAUCAACUAAUUUUAAUAAGAAGUAUUGGUUGCAUCUCAAAACAAAAACAAGUAGUAAAUAUUUUAGUUAUGUGAUAAACUCAGAGAUUAACAAUUAUUCAAUUUGGGAAUCAAAAUAGAAGACAAAGAUAAAGAUUAAGUAUUAAUAUGAUUAUUAUAAAUUAGGCUUCAGUUUGGAAAUAAUAUGAUGUUUAAGAAUUGAAAUUGGAAAGAGAAUAAUAAUAGGCUCUACUUCAAUAAAAAGAACAAUAGAAGAAAAAAGAAGAAUAAGAAAAGUUAGAAAAAGCUAAACUGAGUCCAAAAGAAUUCUUUUCUUAGCAAGCAGAUAAAUAUUCAGAAUUUGAUGAGACUGGUUUACCAACUAAAGAUAAGGAUGGAAAUGAAUUAUCUAAGAAAUAGAAAAAGGUGGUUUAAGAGUUAUGGGAAAAAUAGAAUAAGUUGUACAAUUCAUAUUUAGAAUAAUAAAAACAAUAGCAAUGAAACAAUAUUAAU